GGCAGCACUGAGCAUGCGCAGUUUGGACCGGGUCGCGAGGGCGACGGUUGGCGGGAAUCUCGGGCUGAGCAGCGCGAGAGGGGGAGGACUCGCAGCGGCGUCUGUGGCGGCGGCGGCGGCCCUGAGAGUCGCACAAUGUUCUCUGACAAAGCUGCCCAGAAAACUCAAACUCUGCUCUCAGCCCCCAUGGAAGAUGCUCCCACGUUUGACCGAGUGCCCACUUCCUCUUACAAGAACUGCUCGGAACGCUUCACGCUAGGAGAGCGCAACUUUAACCGGCAGUAUGCACACAUCUACGCCGUUCGUCUUAUCCAGAUGCAAAGUUUUCUGGCCGAGAGAGUCAAAAACAAAUGGGGUGCUGACGUGCCAGUGAAGAAGCUCUGUGAACUUCAGCUCGGGGAGAGGUGCUGUGUGAUCGGGACGCUCUUCAAGCACAUGGAGCUGAAACCCUCCAUCCUGCGGGAGAUCAGUGAAGAGCACAACCUGUUGCCUCAGCCGCUGCGAACAAAAUUCACCGAUCAGUUGGACGAGCUUAUUCUCGAGGAUGAAUUGCAGCGAAUCAAAUUGGAGGGAGCUAUUGAUGUUCAGAAAUUUGUCACAGGAGUAAUUCUGGGAUUGUUGGGAACGGAACAGGGAGACGGUAAAUUCCUCGUGGAAGAUUUCUGUACCGCUGACCUCCCACCACAGCAGCAAAUGGCAGGUCCUGCUACUGACAGGUAUGUUCUGUUAGCCUCUGGUCUCGGCCUGGGCGGAAGAAACGCAGAUAGUCUCCUCGGCAUGCAGCUGCUGAUUGACAUGGUGACUGGUCAAUUGGGAGACGAGGGAGAGCAGAGCAGUGCUGCGGAAAUAUCCCGUGUGAUCUUAGCUGGGAACCUUCUGAGCAGGAACACCCAGAACAAAGACUCCUUCAACAAGGCAAAGUACCUGACAAAGAAGACACAGGCAGCCACUGUUGAAGCCGUUAAAAUGCUGGAUGAGAUCCUGGUUCAGCUAAGCGCUUCUGUCCCUGUUGACUGUAUGCCGGGGGAAUUUGAUCCCACAAAUUACACACUCCCUCAGCAGCCCCUCCACCAUUGCAUGUUCCCACAAGCGGCCACCUACCCUACCAUGCAGCUGGUCACCAAUCCCUAUCAGGCCGACAUUGAUGGAGUCAGGUUCCUGGGCACAGCUGGACAGAAUGUGAGUGACAUUUACCACUACAGCAGUAUGGAGGAUUACCUAGAGAUCUUGGAGUGGACCCUCCGGAUUGGCCACAUCAGUCCCACAGCCCCAGAUACGUUGGGAUGUUACCCAUUCUACUUGAAAGACCCCUUCAUUCUGGAGGAGUGCCCGCACAUUUACUUCUGUGGCAACGCUCCUUCUUUCAAAUCCAAGGUCAUCAAAGGCGUAGAUGGACAACAAGUGCUGUUGAUAGCGGUGCCAGAAUUCUCCACCACCCAGAAGGCGUGUCUGGUGAACCUGCGGACGCUUGAGUGCCAGCCAAUCAGCUUCUCAGCUUUCUGUGCUGAGGAGGGCGAAGAUGUACAAAUGGACACCAGUCACUGAACGGACGUGUGCGGGCACUUACUGUGUAUUUGCAGUGUUUUACCCCCGCAGGUUUGUCCAUUCGAGUGAGUGAGUGAGUGAGCUGAAAAAAAGUUGCCCUAAGUCAUUUGAAGUGACCUAACUGUGGAUUUCAGUAUCUUACAAGGAUGUUCUCAGUCCUCAGCUAGGUGGCGGUUGUGUUGUGAGAAAUUCUUUGUGCUGUACAGUUUCCUGCUGUCAAUUUCUCCAUUUUUCCCUUCGUCCGGGGAAGGAAGACACUGCAAAUAAAACUGACACAUUCAGAAAGUUCCCGUUCCCACCCUCAGGAGUAUAAACCCGGAGCCUCAUAUACUUUUUAGAUUUUCAGUUCUCACUUCCCUGCUCCACACCCGUAUGGAGCUCAUAGCUGCUCUGUUACAGGACAUGGUGUAUAUACACAGUUUGAACAUCCUCACGUCUGCUGUGUGAGCACUGAAAGUUCACGGCACUCUGAAGCAACCAUUUUAAGCUAGUGCGGAGAAGGUGGAGCUGCAAAAUGUCCAACGUCACAUAUUUUGAUGCUGGAAUUUUUUAUUUAUUCACCAGGCUUCUGGGCUUUUAACCUUUUGGUACUCGUAUCAUCGUAUAAUACUUUAAAUUCUCCUCUCUGCCCAACAAAGUGCUGGGAAGUGAUCUGAAAACGCCCAGAUUGUGUUUGUUUGUGUUUUUGUACUUGGUAUUGCAGAAUAGGAGGGUGACUAAGUGAGCUAUGUCUGUUCGUGUGUUUUUUUUUUUUGAAACCUAUAUCAUGUAGAAUUUUUUCUAAAUAAAAUCCUUUUUUUU